CACGAGCAGUUCGCUGCCGAUGUGGCAGCGUGGACUUUCCAAGAGACGGGUGUGCUGCGUGUUGACGGCAGCACGCACCACCAUGUCAACGAAACCACGCCGCGGGACAGAUACACGAUCAACGAUCGCGUCACGUACACGCUCCGCGUGUCGAAGUACAACCCGACGUCGGCUGAGUGGGAGCCGUACUCUGGCAUCGACGACAUGCAGCUCGAGUUCACGAUGCUGGACCCCCACAUCCGGACCGCGCUCCAGCCGACGCCCGGGGUGCCCGGCGACUACUCGCUGACGUUCCGCGUCCCCGACCGGCACGGCGUGUUCAAAUUCAACGUUGGCUACAAGCGAAAAGGCUGGUCCUACCUCCAGAGCACGACCGCCGUCCCGGUCGUCCCGCCGCGGCACGACGAGUACCCGCACUUCCUGAGCCCCGCGUGGCCCUACUACGCCGGCGCGAUCAGUACGAGCGCCGCCUUCCUCGCGUUCUGCGCGCUGUGGCUCGCGGGCGACAGCGCCGAGCCGAAGAAGUCGAAAAACACGAAGUCUGACUAGCGUGCAGCGUGCCCCCCUUGUAUGGAGC